AUGAAAAAUAAUGAAACAAGAAUCAGUGAGUUCAUACUUCUUGGCUUCACAGAUGUCCGGAAACUGCAGCUCCUGUUCUUCUCCAUCCUUUUCUUUUCCUACUUUCUGACAAUUACGGGAAAUGCUGUGAUUAUCGUUCUGGCAAAUAUAGACCACCGGCUCCACACCCCAAUGUAUUUCUUCCUCUGGAAUUUCUCCAUCUUGGAAAUUGGUUUCACCAGCGUUGUCACCCCUCAAACCUUGUCACAUUUACUAAUGGGCAAUAAAAAUAUUUCCUACGUUGGUUGCAUGGUACAAUUCUUCUUGUAUCUCCAUCUGGGAACUACAGAGUUCUUCCUCUUAGCUGUCAUGUCCUAUGAUCGAUACUUAGCCAUCUGCAACCCCUUACACUACCCAUCCAUAGUGAGCAAGAGUUUGUGCACCUCCCUUGUUCUUGGUUGUUGGGUUGGAAGUUUUCUUCUCAUCAUUGGUCCAUAUUUGUUCUUAUUACAGUUUCCAAUGUGUGACUCAAACAUCCUGGACCAUUUUUUCUGUGACAACACACCAUUGAUGCACCUCCUUUGUGGGAAUACCAGACUUCUUGAACUUUUGGGGUUCAACACUGCUGUUCUUUCAUUGUUGGGGACUUUGACUAUUUCAGUGGUUUCUUAUAUCAAGAUAAUUAAAACUGUCUUUAGCAUUCCAUCUGCUACAGGAAGAAAGAAAGCAUUUUCCACUUGUGCCUCUCACUUCAUUGUUGUCUCCAUCACUUAUGGGAGCUGCAUCUUCCUUUAUAUCAGCCCAGCCCAGGGCAGCAAAGCCAAGUUCGGCAAAAUAGUGGCCAUCCUGAAUACAAUUGUUUCCCCUCUGCUCAAUCCUUUCAUUUACAGCUUGAGAAACAAACAAGUUCAGGAAGUUCCCCUCUGCUCAAUCCUUUCAUUUACAGCUUGA